CAUUUAUUUACCUUUGCUUGUAUAUGAGCACAAUAUAAAUCGUUUACAGAAUAUGUUUUUAUUUUACACGCAAUAUUUCGACGGAAAUGAAUCUACUUUUAAUCCUUGCUUUUCAGGUUCUCUUUGCAGUAUAUGUUGUUGAAUCAGGUCGUGGUCAAACAUAUGCUCCCUGCAAGAAAGUAUGUAGGAAAAUAUCAAAGAAAUGUGCUAAAUCCUGUAAAAUCGAACAGUGUUUCACAAUCGGCGAUGGAUGCUGGAACGAUUGCAUGAGCAGUUUUGAACCAUCGGAAGACUCCGUGCAGACGUGUAUGAAGCGAUGCCUGAGGCCCCCGGGUGGCCCACAAGAAGAUUCUCCGGAUUGUGAAUGGAAGCCGUGGGGUCCUCUUGGGCUGUGCACACAAUGCAAUAAAGCAUGUGUUAAAUUCUGCUUGCGGACCCGUGAGCAGGUUCCACCGAAGAAAGGUGGUAAACCAUGCGUGGGAAAGUCUACUGAGUACGUGGGGAGGAAAUGUGACAACAAAGAAUGUAUAUCAGAGAAAAGGAUAAAAGCUGGUCACUGUCAUGGUACCGGAGAUGUUCACUACAGGAGUCUUGACAAGUUUAAGUAUAAUUUCCAAGGUGUCUGCAAAUACACAUUCAUAAAAGAUAACAAUGGUAUAUUUCGUGUAAAUGUGAAAAACAAACGAUGGGGUUUGACUAAAACAUCUGUCACCGUUUAUGUGGAGAUACAUGUAAAUGGUGACAUCAUCCGUCUGAAUGGACCUGGUCUUGGAAAUACAGUGAUAAACGGUAAUACCAUAACGACUUUCCCAUACAAUGAUGACUUUUAUACCAUCACGAUCAACGGGAACGCCGCAGUAUUCGAUAGUGGACCGUUAGGACUCAGGGUUGUAGCGAAAAGCGUGUACAAAACAAAACCUAAUUUCACACCAGGAUAUAUCAAUGUACAUGUGAAACUUCAUCGGAAGUGGAUGAAUCAGGUUGAUGGGCUCUGCAAGAACUAUGAUGGCGAUGACGAAAAUGAUUGCUCAGACAGUGCGGGAAAUAGUCUUAUAGGCCAACCAAACAAAGGUUGGAAAAUAGGUCAAGGAUACAAGAUUUUCGACCCGGAGGAUCCAAGAUGUGAUGAUGGGGGAUUUCAAGAGGAUGACCCUGAUACAUGUGAUCAAAGAACCAAAGCUACAGCAACAUCAUAUUGUAACGGUCUGAUGAAUCCAAAUGGCCCAUUUGCUAACUGCAUCCAACCAAUGUCCAGAGAUGAAAUAACAACAUGGAUCCGCGACUGUAUCAUGGACUUUUGCGUUGACCCAGCAACUAAAUGCGCCAUCGCGGAAGCUUUUGCUACAUCAUGCAUGGACUCGGGAAUACCAAUAGGAUUUUGGAGAACUGAAUGUCCAUUGCAAUGCGGUGAAAAUGAACACUACCUUCCCAACGGACCGGGUUGUGAGCAACAUUGCCCAGAAUUUGGACAAACUUGGUGUGAAGCUCCUCCUACGGAGGGUUGUUUCUGUAAACAGGGAUAUGUGAGAUGUAAACAAAAAUGCAUUCGCCCAAAAAUAGAUUAUUGUCCAGAGACAUCAGACAGUAGAUAUGGAGGUGAUCCACCGAGGGCAUGCUGUGUAAAUAGUAUUUGGUACUGGCCUUCUUCAUGGAAUACCUACAUCUCUCAGCCUAUGCCUCAAGGAGAGCCAACCUAUGGAGCGUGUCCCGAAGGAGAAACGUUUAAAGUGUAUGGUUAUAAAUCAUGUGGAUGUUCAGAAUGCCAAUGGCGUCGUUGGUCCGAAUGGUCCAAUUGGGAAUGCGACGAGUGUCCCCCAAGUCCGAAAUGCGGAAGCGGUUUGGACGUCAAGGUUACGUGUAGGAGAAGUCGAACGCGUCAGCAGGAUCAAGCAACGUGUUCACCACCACUGAAAAUUGAAAAUGAGCAUGCCAAGAGAACAAUGCAGUGUAGCUACACUAUUUCACCAUG